AUCCUUCAUCAUCAGCACAUUCCCCUCCGUCAGGACCGUCACUAAUUCUCGAUCCCUUGCUCCUUUCCCUCUUUCUCCAUCCAGUGCCAAGCCAAGCCCUACCUUACCUGAUCCAUCAGAGGGGGCUGGGUGAUUACUUACUUGUUGCUGCUCCCUUAGUUCAUAACACAUCUACAGCGCCCAUAACUGCUGGUCAGAAGUUGGCGAGGCCUGAAAUUCUUCUUUUCUCUAGCACUAUAGCCAGUGACCAUCAUGACCGAACCAGAGGAUCUCGAGGAAGAUCUCUUCGCCGACCUUUACGACGCGGAUGACAGUGCAAACCAUCCAGUAUCCACGAAUGCUGCGCCGGCCAACGUCGAGCCUGCUCCCGCUUCGCCACCCCGUCCAACUACCGAGCAUGCAGCCGGAGAGAAUGUUACCGGCAAUUCAUCGAUCCAGGCAUAUGAGCACGAGCAGAGGCCGACUGAUUAUAAUGGAUCUUUUCAGAAUGCUGCCGGUGGUACAGAUGUAGGUCACGGCGGCGAUGCGCCCGGUACCCCCGUAGGACCGGAGACACGAGGAACUGGUAUUAAGGAAGACGGGAAAAUGUUCAUUGGUGGUUUGAACUGGGAGACUACAGAUCAAUCUCUGAAGGACUACUUCUCGCAAUUCGGCGAAGUCCAGGAAUGUACUGUGAUGCGCGACGGUGCGACCGGACGCUCACGUGGUUUCGGGUUCCUCACUUUCAAAGAUCCCAAGACUGUGAAUACUGUUAUGGUCAAGGAGCAUUACCUUGAUGGGAAAAUCAUUGACCCGAAACGUGCGAUUCCCCGUGAUGAACAAGAGAAAACGAGCAAGAUCUUCGUUGGUGGAGUCAGUCAAGAAGCAACCGAACAGGAUUUUAAGCAGUUUUUCAUGCAGUUCGGCCGCGUCGUGGAUGCCACCCUUAUGAUCGAUAAAGAUACUGGUCGACCUCGUGGAUUCGGUUUCGUCACGUUUGACAGCGAAGCUGCAGUCGAGGCCACCCUUUCUGGACCGUUGGAGAUCCUGGGUAAGCCCAUCGAAGUGAAGAAGGCUCAGCCUAGGGGCAAUAUGCGGGAUGAGGAAGACCGGAGAAACCGACGUGGACGGGAAAGCUUUCGCGAUUCAAAUCAGGGCGAUAGCUCUCAGCAACAACAGAACGCCCAGAGCCAGGGCGGCUUGGCCGCAGGCCUCACACCACAGAUGAUGGCUCAAUACUGGCAGAGAAUGCAGCAAUACUUUUCUUUAAUGCAGCAACAGAUGGCCAUGGCAGCAGCAACCCAGGGCCAGGGCGCCAUGGGUGGGAUGGGCAUGGGUGCUAUGAACCCGGCCAUGAUGCAGCAAAUGCAACAGAUGAAACAGAUGCAGCAGAUGCAGAUGGGCGGUAACCAGCAACAAAGUGGAAUGAACGCUUCCUCACCGAGUCCCGGUCCUCAGGCAAUGCCCAACAUGCCCCCGAAUAUGAUGAACCCCGCUAUGAUGCAGCAGAUGCAGCAGAUGCAACAGAUGCAGAACCAGGGUCAGGGCGCCAGUGUAAGCCCCAUGGGAGGGAGUAUGUCACCAGCUAGUAUGAGUAUGGCCGGUAACGCGAUGGGAGCCAGCGGAGGCAUGGGCAUGGGUGGAAACUUCACGGGUACGCGCGGCGGACCUGGAUAUAAUGCCCAGGAACAAUUAGCCUUCGAACAGCAGAAGUACGAACAGCAGCAGGCUCGUCGAGCCGUCGAGAAUCGUGGUUUCUCUCCUUACCAGCAAGGAGGACCGACUUCGUGGGAGGGCAUGUACGAUGAAGUGCCUCAGCCCAGUAUCCCUACGGGACCUCAAGGUAUGAGUCGUGCAGGAUCAAUAGGACGUGGACCAACGCCGCAGCCCCAGAGCGCAGCUCCCGCCAACGCUCCCACGGGGCCAAAGAACGCCGGCAAACCAGGUGCCAACUAUCGCGGUGGAGGUCGUGGAGGUCAUCGUGGCUUUCAUCCAUAUGCUCGAGGCUAAGAAAGGAACCUUCAAGACAGGAGAGAGAGAGACAUGCACAUAAGGGAAACAAGCGGCGUAACAUCACGACCUAGCAACUUACCCAUCCACUUACACUCCCUUUCUCUCCCCCUCCUUUCACUGUCCUCCUAUCCCCUCCACCAUGCCAAAACUCAUCAUCACUACUGUUUCAAUUACUUUUUUUUCUUUCUCUCUUUCUCCUUUUCUGUCUUCUUUUUUAAUAACCUUCGAAAGACCCGCAUGAUCCUACUACAACAACUACUAAAGUUCUAAACAUACUGAAUGCUAGAAGGGUGGCCUUCUAGCCACUCUUGAUGUCCUUUUCUGUUUCUGUUUUUUCUUUUUCUUUUUUUUUUCUCGACUUCCCCG